CCGGCGCCGGCCGAGUGAGGCGGUGAUGCGGGCGCCGGCGGCCCCGGCUGCGCCGAGCGCGGAGACACAGGCUCAAGAUGGCAGAUUCCGACUGAGGCUGGGGGGGCCGAGCUCGCGCGCCGCGUUCCCUUCUCCGUUGCCAUGAAUCGCGGACACCCCGGCCCCGAUGGCCCCCGUGUACGAAGAUAUGGCCUCACAUGUGCAAGUUUUCUCCCCUCACACCCUUCAAUCAAGUGCCUUCUGUAGCGUGAAGAAACUGAAAGUAGAGCCGAGUUCCAACUGGGACAUGACCGGGUACGGCUCCCACAGCAAAGUGUACGGCCAGAGCAAGAACGCACCACCGUCCCAGCCAGCCACUGCGACCGUCAGCGCCUCCCUGCCCAUCGCAAACCCCAGCCUGCCGUACGAGCAGACCAUCAUCUUCCCAGGAAGCACCGGGCACAUCGUCGUGACAUCAGCCAGCAGCACUUCCGGCGCCGGGCCCGUCCUCGGCGGACCGCACAACCUCAUGCGUCGCAGCACUGUGAGCCUCCUGGACACCUACCAAAAAUGCGGCCUCAAGCGCAAGAGUGAGGAGAUCGAGAACACGAGCAGCGUGCAGAUCAUCGAAGAGCAUCCACCCAUGAUCCAGAACAAUGCGAGUGGGGCCACUGUAGCCACUGCCACCACCUCGACUGCCACAUCCAAAAACAGUGGCUCCAACAGCGAGGGGGAUUAUCAGCUGGUCCAGCAUGAGGUGCUGUGCUCCAUGACCAACACGUACGAGGUCUUAGAGUUCCUGGGCCGAGGGACGUUUGGGCAAGUGGUCAAGUGCUGGAAACGGGGCACCAACGAGAUUGUGGCCAUCAAGAUCCUGAAGAACCACCCAUCGUAUGCCCGCCAAGGCCAGAUCGAGGUGAGCAUCCUGGCCCGCCUGAGCACAGAGAGCGCCGAUGACUACAACUUCGUCCGCGCCUACGAGUGCUUCCAGCACAAGAAUCACACGUGCUUGGUCUUCGAGAUGCUGGAGCAGAACCUCUAUGACUUUCUGAAGCAGAACAAGUUCAGCCCCUUGCCCCUCAAAUACAUUCGCCCAGUCCUCCAGCAGGUCGCCACAGCCCUGAUGAAACUAAAAAGCCUAGGUCUUAUCCACGCUGACCUCAAACCAGAAAACAUCAUGCUGGUGGAUCCGUCUAGACAGCCGUACAGAGUCAAGGUCAUCGACUUUGGUUCAGCCAGUCAUGUGUCCAAGGCUGUGUGCUCCACCUACUUGCAGUCCAGAUAUUACAGGGCCCCUGAGAUCAUCCUUGGUUUACCAUUUUGCGAGGCAAUUGAUAUGUGGUCCCUGGGCUGCGUCAUUGCAGAGCUGUUCCUGGGCUGGCCGCUGUAUCCAGGAGCUUCAGAGUACGAUCAGAUUCGGUAUAUUUCACAAACACAGGGUUUGCCAGCAGAAUAUUUAUUAAGCGCGGGGACAAAGACAACGAGGUUUUUCAACCGUGACACAGACUCGCCGUAUCCUCUGUGGAGGCUGAAGACACCAGAUGACCAUGAAGCAGAGACGGGGAUUAAGUCAAAAGAAGCAAGGAAGUACAUUUUCAACUGUUUAGAUGAUAUGGCCCAGGUGAACAUGACGACGGAUUUGGAAGGGAGUGACAUGUUGGUGGAAAAGGCGGACCGGCGGGAGUUCAUCGACCUGUUGAAGAAGAUGCUGACCAUAGAUGCUGACAAGAGAAUCACCCCAAUCGAGACCCUGAACCACCCUUUUGCCACCAUGACACACUUGCUCGAUUUCCCCCACAGCACACACGUCAAAUCAUGUUUCCAGAACAUGGAGAUCUGCAAGCGUCGAGUGAACAUGUAUGACACGGUGAACCAGAGCAAAACCCCUUUCAUCACGCACGUGGCCCCCAGCACAUCCACCAACCUGACCAUGACCUUCAACAACCAGCUGAACACUGUCCACAACCAGGCUCCCACCUCCACCAGUGCCACUGUUUCCCUAGCCAAUCCCGAAGUCUCCAUACUAAACUACCCAUCUGCACUCUACCAGCCCUCAGCGGCAUCUAUGGCCGCGGUGGCCCAGCGGAGCAUGCCCCUGCAGACGGGAGCGGCCCAGAUCUGCGCCCGGCCCGACCCCUUCCAGCAAGCGCUCAUCGUGUGUCCGCCCGGCUUCCAAGGAUUGCAGGCCUCUCCCUCUAAGCACGCUGGCUACUCUGUGCGAAUGGAAAACGCAGUUCCCAUCGUCACUCAAGCCCCAGGAGCUCAGCCUCUUCAGAUCCAACCAGGUCUGCUUGCCCAGCAGGCCUGGCCAAGUGGGACCCAGCAGAUCCUGCUUCCCCCGGCGUGGCAGCAGCUGACUGGGGUGGCCACCCACACGUCGGUGCAGCACGCGACUGUGAUUCCCGAGACCAUGGCCGGCACCCAGCAGUUGGCCGACUGGAGGAACACGCAUGCUCACGGCAGCCAUUACAAUCCCAUCAUGCAGCAGCCUGCGCUAUUGACUGGUCAUGUGACCCUUCCAGCAGCUCAACCCUUAAAUGUGGGCGUGGCCCACGUGAUGCGGCAGCAACCUACCAGCACCACCUCCUCCCGGAAGAGUAAGCAGCACCAGUCCUCUGCGAGAAACGUCUCCACCUGUGAGGUGUCCUCCUCUCAGGCCAUCAGCUCCCCGCAGCGGUCCAAGCGCGUCAAGGAGAACACGCCUCCGCGCUGCGCCCUGGUGCACAGCAGCCCGGCCUGCGGCUCCUCCGUCCCGUGCGGCUGGGGCGACGGGGCCUCCGGCACCACCAGGGAGCGGCAGCGGCAGACCAUCGUCAUUCCUGACACCCCCAGCCCCACGGUCAGCGUCAUCACCAUCAGCAGCGACACGGACGAGGAGGAGGAGCAGAAGCACGCCCCCACCAGCACCGUCUCCAAGCAGAGAAAAAACGUCAUCAGCUGUGUCACGGUCCACGACUCCCCCUACUCCGACUCCUCCAGCGACACCAGCCCCUACUCCGUGCAGCGCCGUGCUGGGCACAACGCCACCACCUUCGACACCAAGGGGAGCCUGGAGUCGCACUGCCCUGGAAACCCCCGGACCAUCAUCGUGCCCCCCCUGAAAACCCAGGCCAGCGAGGUGCUGGUGGAGUGUGACAGCCUGGGGCCAGUCAACACCAGUCACCACGCGUCCUCCUACAAGUCCAAGUCCUCCAGCAACGUGACCUCCACCAGCGGUCACUCUUCAGGGAGCUCGUCUGGAGCCAUCGCCUACCGGCAGCAGCGACCAGGGCCACACUUCCAGCAGCAGCAGCCGCUCAAUCUCAGCCAGGCUCAGCAGCACAUCACCACUGACCGCACCGGGAGCCACCGCCGGCAGCAGGCCUACAUCACCCCCACGAUGGCCCAGGCUCCAUACUCCUUCCCGCACAACAGCCCCAGCCACGGCACUGUGCACCCCCACCUGGCCGCCGCCGCCCACCUCCCCGCCCAGCCCCACCUCUACACCUACACGGCGCCUGCGGCCCUGGGCUCCACCGGCACCGUGGCCCACCUGGUGGCCUCCCAAGGCUCGGCGCGUCACACCGUGCAGCACCCUGCCUACCCGGCCAGCAUCGUCCACCAGGUCCCCGUGAGCAUGGGCCCCCGGGUCCUGCCUUCGCCCACCAUCCACCCGAGUCAGUAUCCAGCCCAGUUCGCCCACCAGACCUACAUCAGCGCCUCUCCAGCCUCCACCGUCUACACUGGAUACCCACUGAGCCCUGCCAAGGUCAACCAGUACCCUUACAUAUAAACACUGGAAGGGGAGGGGAGGGGAGGGAGGACGGCCAGAAGGGAGGAGGGACGAGGGGGGAGCUGGGCUUUUUAUACUGAAGAUGCCGCACAGAAACAAUGCAAACGGGGCAGGGGAGGCGGGCGGGGGCAGGGACGGGACACAAAUGAAACUUGAACUAGGAAGUAGGAGGACGGAGAGCGGAGAAGAGAACAUUUUAAAAAGGAAGGGAUUUAAGGAGGGGGGGAAAUCUAUGCUUUUUAUUUUAAAAAAGAAAAAGAAAAAAAAAGAAAACGUCAGUAGCAAAAAAAAAAAACCACAGCUCACGAAUCCAUUCUGCACCAAACUGGAAAGGAGAAGAAGAAGAAGAGAGCCAUGGAAGAUUCCAGAAGUGGGGGGGGGGCCUCGGUUUUUGAAGAACUUUAUGAACUUUUCAAAGAUUAUUUUCAUAUGGCAGCAAGUGACGUUGAAGAAUUUGCUGUCGGGGACACCUGAUACGGAAAUCCAGUAGAUUUUUAAUGAUGGAACGUAAGAAUGAGGGACUUUUCCAGAACUCUAAAGGGUCAGCAGCCCUCUAGAAAGGUCAGGCCGUGGCCGGAGGAGGCAGGUCUCUGGGGGUGGGUCCGGGGUUGGCGAAGCCUGGUUCUGGCCCGCUUGCCGGGACUGAUGGGGGCGGCCGGGCUGAAGGAGGACCCCUGGGAGAGGGCGUGUCUUCUCUUUCUGAGCCCUCUGGAUAAAUCCCUAGGCAGUGAUAUUCCUCAGACGUCAUUCAUGAUGUGUGUUGCAAACGCUAGCUUUUUUUCUUUUCUGAAGACCUCUUUUCUCUUUGAGCCCACCCCUCCUCACAUAGCGUAGCGCUCACGGCGUCGCCGACACCCUGGUGGAUGUAGCAGUCUGCACCCGUCUGUGCUACUUAGUGUUCACCCCCAACGAUGCCAAUAGACUCUUCCUCAACGUAAUUGCACAAGAAAAGUGAUCUCACGUAGGCACGUCCCCCGCGCGGUGGUCCAGGUGCACGCGCGGUGCCAGUGGUGCCGCCCUCCUGUCCCCAGCAGCGCCACCGGCUCUCGCAGACUUGGUUUUACAUCCUUCCCUCCUAGUGCCUUAGCGACCGGGGACGCGGUUGAGGGUUUCCUUCCACGGUACUCCAAGAAGCCGGCCGAGGCGGGUCACGUCAUCUCAGCCCUUCCUCUGUGCCGUUGCAACAUUUUGCUCUGGUCUUUCCUCUUUUUUUUUUUUUUUUAAUUUCUAUGUUAUGUUAAUACCUGUUGUCUUUCUUGGGCUGUUUGCUAGCAGAGGGGUGGGUGCCAGGGAGCUGGCAGGGGCUGGGAGUGCCCGCGGGUCUGGAGAGACGUGUGGGAGACGGAUGGUGGUGGGUGCAUCUGACGGUGGUGAUGGCUUCGGAUGACUUUUCCUUUGGAGACAGAGCAGGACAGACUCCCCAUCCUGCACCCUCACCCAGCCCUGCCCCUGGGGGGACCAGCUCUGCCAUUUAUUGGGACCAGAGGCCCCAUCUCUGUUUUAGGAGCGUCGGCCUUGCCGGGCAGCCGCCGCCUCCUUCCUGAUGUGGAAGGAGCAAAGGAGAGGAGCCGCCCUCAGCCCCCAGGCCUGGCACAGCCUUCCUGUCGCCGUCCGUGGGGUGGAGAGGAGGCCAGGCGCCCGGCCCAGCCCCGUGUUCUCAGACUCACCCCACGAUUCACUCUCAUAGCCCUGCGCCCUCUCCUCUGGCCCCACCAGCUGUAUUUUGCUCUGACGGUUUUGCCAGGUCCUUCCCUCUGGAGACAACCAUCGGCCGUUGUUUGCUGCUGAAUCUUUCCUCGCGUUACCCAGGCCUACCCAAGGCACACCUUCGGUUUUGGUUUUUGAGGGGUCUGGUGGGCAGAAGGCUGGAGGGACACCCGUGAGGGUAACCAGGUGAUCUUAUACGGCACUUUGGAAAAUGCUCCCAUGGGCAGUUAAGUUUCCAAGGAAAUUUGCCCUUUGCCCUCUUUGCACCUUUGAUACAUUCUGGAAAUUUUCUCAGGCUUUGAACACUGAUGGGGGUGGGGGUGGAGGGGUGUCCACCCAGAGCAAAUUACUCUUAAACACGUGAAUGUUGGGAGACGCUCUCCGGUCAUAGAUGGAACUUGAAAGGGUGGUCCUAAUUGUUUGAUUCUUGAUGCUGCGUCCUUAACUGACCCCAAAGCCAAGUUUCCAAGGUGCAGAGAGAUCGUUCCCAGUUUCGGACAGCAGUCCGUCCUCAUCCUCCCUCACUUUCUUCCCUCUCUCUACGGUUUCCCUUAAAGAUCUACUGUGAAAGGCGUCUUUAUUGUGAUACCCAACCUAAUUCAGUAACGAAGCCAAGCCCUUACCUUAGCUCUUAGCUGUGAAAUGUGAAAUCACUCUGGAAGUUUCCGCCCUCCAAGCGUAAAUUCUACUUAUCCUACAAAGAAAUCAGUCCCCAGGUUGGAGCCAGCCUAGUCCCGGCCUUAGGCCGGAAGGAGGAAAGGACACCGUGUCCCAUUCGAGGCGGGGCAGCCUUGGGCAGAGCCCCAGGUACCCAAUGGGCCCACCGGGGAGCCGUGUCCAGCAGGACAAGAUGCUGUCCUCGUGGUGCCACGAUCAAUACAUCUUUAUCCGGCCGUGGGGAAGUACCGUCGUCCUGAGAAAACAGGAAAAUGGCCCAUCCAGAGAGGGUGGGGGGAGGAAGGUUUUUGGAGGCCUCGUGAGCCGGAGGGCUCCCAGAGCCGCGCCAGCCUGGAGAACCAGCUCUGCUCUGGACUGUCGGCACCCAGAGGGCAGCAGUGCCCCGUGCCAUCUUCCCGUGCCCAGUUACAGAAUUCUUGACGGCAGACAAGCCAGCAUUUUUGCCUUAUUGGGUAGCAUCCUGGACCCCCUGUACAAUUCACUUCCAGCCCUUUCUAGAUCUGCUCUUUUACAGGAAAAGACAACAUAGCCUUCCAUUGUAAGGAAAUUACUUUGUCUACUUACGUUAGAAAUUGCUCUUUCACCUGACAUUUUCUUCCCUUUUCUUCCAGAUCAGGAAUGAAAGUUUCAUGCUGCUCAUAAAGAUAAUAUUAUUGUACUAAUUAUUUUGGUUAUUACCAGUGUAAUUAUUAUCCUAAUCAUCAUUUUGAUAUUUUAGUUGGGGUUUUAGAAUGCACAUUUAUUCCCAGUAUCUUUGUGUUUUCUCUUUAAUAUUUAAAUUUAUUUUAUUAUAUCUGUGAGUAUCUGAGUAGACAGGAGGGACAUCCAGAUGUCCAGUUUUGUCAGACCAAAAAAAACAAAAAAAAAAGAAAGGAAAGAAGGAUCCAGGAAUUAGGAAAAACCUGUCGAGAAAGAUCCACCACAGAACAAAAGUUUGAAGAAGAAUCAAAGCCUUUAUCUCUGUACAGGCCAAAUUGGGCUUUGGACAGCAUGGUCCAUGAUCACCAUCAUUACUGCAUUUUCUAGAUUCUUAGUGGCCUGGGAGGAGAUCUGAGGAGGCAUCUCAUGGGCUAAACCCUUAGCCGUGGUCCUCUCCCACCUUCCCUGCGCUUCUGAAACCUGCUACAGAGAUCCUGGCCUUAUCUCGCAUCUGAUACUGAACUGUCAAGCGAAAAACAAAAACAAAAACCCCUCUUCCCAGAGCUGACUCAGCCCCUUUCCCAAAUGCCUCCCCCCUUUCCCAUCAGCACACCAGGAGUGUGGCUUACAUCCUUCGGUGCAGAGAUAAUUGUCCCCUCCUAGAAGCCACUGGAGGUAAUGAGUUGAUGGAAGGUGCUAGGCAGGUGGUACCUUCCCCUGGGAAAUGUCAGCAUCCCUUCCCCUCACUAACCGCACUGCCCACCUCUUCAGUCCCCCAUCUCCCCCCGCCCCCAGUACAUCUUCUCAGCACACAGUUCUAGGGACAAACUGUGGAGCCAAAAAAAAAAAAAAAAAGAUGGAGGGAUAGUAGGAGGCCAGAGGAACGCCAAGUCCAGCAGCUCCUCGGAGGUUGCCAGCUACUGCCCCCCUGAAAUUUGUUGGCCAACGGAGGGGCACAGUUGGACCUUGCAGCCAGCCCCACUGGGUUCCGACUGUGCCCCUCAGGGCACAGUGCCAUGUGCCAUGGCCUUUUUUAAUCAGCUUGAGGUACCCACACACUGCCCACCAAACCCAGAAACUACUGGGCCCCGGACAGGUGAAGGAAGGUCUGGCAUGACAGGCUUCACUGAAGCUAAUGAAAGGAGAUGCCAGGCCAUGCCCAGCCCAGAGCCGCUCAGCAAACGUGAGCGCCCUCCCCGAGUCCCCACCUGCCUUCCUCUUCCAGCCAAGCACAAGAGCUGUGGGUUGGAAGCCCUAGCAGAAGACCGCAGUGGGAGAGGCCAGCUCCUGCAUGGGCUCCGUAGAGCCUUUCUGAAUUCCCACCCCGCCCUCCAACUUUGAGCCGCCCUGGCAAAUAGGAGAAAUAAAGGCUGCCCGUCCCUAAGACUCAGCUCUCAAGUAGAGGGAUGCCAACCUAGUACUUACUUAGACCACAAAUAAGCUAGAACAUCCUCUGCUCUGGAAUUAGUUCCAUCCUCCUUUACUGAAGAAACGUGGUUAAGGCUAAGACAGGAAGAUUGAAAGGACAGGUCAAGGAGAACCUCAUACCUGGAGCCUUAGGACCCGCAGGUGGAUUUGCUUCUGCUCGGUGGAUCUUGCAGACCCACCUGGGUGUCUGCACCUGUAUCUCUGCGCUUAGUGCCUCUUUCGUGAUGUUUCGGUGGUUUCCAAGGCAAGGGGUGAGCAGGCUGAUGGGUGAGAGAGUCUGAGGCUUGGUGCCAGCUAAUACUGUGAAGUGGAGCAUGUGGGUGAUCGAGUUCAGAGGGAAAAGAAGAGUUGGGGCAAACUGGCGGUUGUGUCCUGGACUGCAUUUGCAUUCUGGCCUUACUGGCAGUGAGUGGCUGGCGGGCUGUGGGAGCCAGCUGGCUCUGUCCUCUUCACCCUGGAAGACUCAAGCUGCCUGAACACCAGAUUGUCAGAUGUAAGGAAGGGAAGGUGAGAUCGGCCCAGCUGCUAACAGGCGGAUUUCCCUUGACCAGAUCUUUGGAAUUGCAAACACUCAUUUUUGAACAAGCUUGCAGUGGAGGAUUUGGGUCGUGUGAGUGUGUGUGAGUGAGUGGAGCAGACUUUCUUGGAAACUGGAGGAAGGAGAGGAGGCUUAAGGCGCUAUUGCUGAUGGGCUGUGGUUGAUGAGACGCGGUGCGGGGACGGGCUAGCCCCAGCUUCCAUCCCGGGUUCUCUGAAGCUGGGGGCGGGGUGGGAUGCGGGACCCUCGCUGGCCUGUUCAGUAGCUGCUGAGACAGAAAGCAGAAGAGAAAAGCAAGGUGCCCUCACGCAGCGGAGAGGACGCAGCAGAGAGGCGGGGACUCCUCCCGCAGGUCGCAGGUCUCUCCGGGCUCUGCUGAACGCCAGCCUGAGCGAUUCUGCCAUGAAAUAUUCCAGGCCCAGGGACCGCACCUGCUUCUCUCCCUGUCUCUGUCUUUUCUUUCUGGUGUGUCUUAAAGAUUUCAGAUGCGGAAGCCUCAGAGUUGAGCAGGUCAGAGCUGUCCGAACCAAAUUGGAAAGGAAAGUGAAAGUGUUCCUUUCUUUAGCCAAAGAACCCUUCUCAAAGGCACCCCCAGAUACAGACAGAAUGGCAUUCCUCUCCUUCCUCUCCCGGCAAUAACGACUUGUCAGAGAUGCGAUCCCAUUUGUCUUUCUCCUUCCCCUCUAUCCUGACUUGGAUUUUUUUUUUUUUUCAUUUAUUUUAAAACUGUGCUCAUCUUGUAAGAGGCGUGGAGGUUCGUAACCCUAAAUGCUGCUGCUGUUGGGAGACUGGAGGCACCGCACGGUUCUGUGGGCUUAACGAGCCUCCUGUUACCUCGGAUAUUGGCCAAAGCAGACAUGCCAGGGGUGUGGCUGCGUCGGGCUAAGGUGCACACUGGGGCUGGGCUCGGGGUGUCGGUACUUUUCUGCUUUGAUGCCUUAGGACCCUCACUUCUGAUCUCCACAGACUGGACUCAGUGGAGAAUUGGAGGUGGCAAAAUGACAUUUAAACACAGUAGAAACCUUUUGAAGGCUUUUGGCGCCCUCGCUCACUAGAGCGACGCAUCCUAGGAGAGGCUUCACACAUCCUUCUUGCAGCUUCCAGAAGUCCAGGAGAGCCAGUUCCAAACCACUUUUUCCCUUAAGACACAGUGAGAAUUUACAGAGAGGCGACCCUCCUGCAGGGCACGCUUGCUCAGGGUACCUCUACCAGAAGGGAGCAUCCCGAUGCCCCAGCUUGACUGUCGCGAGCCUCUGAGAGCCCCUAAUUGCAGACCCCUUGCAUUAGAACCUCACGUCGACUGUCCCUUCUUUGUUAAAACUUGCCGUGUCCCUCGAGUAAGAGCCAGUAUUUGUCGCAUGCUUUCAGCACGCCAGGCUCAUCCCAAGCCCUCUGUGAGCAUGACCUCAGGCGCCCUCAGAUCCAUCCCAUUUACAACAUCCUCCCCCCUGCCCUCCCCCCAGUUUACAGAGGAGGGAGGUGAUGAGACAGCUGACCCCCUAAGAAAGUAGCAUGUGUUAAAGGAAAGAAAAUACAGUGGUGACCCGAAAUCCCCAAGGUUCUAGUGAAGUUUUUUGUUAAUCAGACCUUUAUUAAAAUUUGAAUUUGUUUCACUUCCUAAAUUAGCAUCAGGGAGUGGCCUCACGUUUCUGAUGAACCAUCUAAUGAUGCUCCCAUUGACUGCGCCAAUGUGUUGAAGGUCGCUCAUCUUCAUCCUGUUCCAUUCCACCUUCAUAACAACCCUGUGAAAUCGGCAGUACUAGUCCCUUUACCCGUGAGGCAGCUGGCUCGGCGAGCUGGUAACCAGACCAGGGUCACACAGCUAGCAGGGGAGCCCGGCCUUAAACCUGGGCCUGCCUGGCUCCAGAGUCAAGCUCACAGACACCAGCCUCAGCUGUCUCCUGGGUGUACAUGCGAAGAAAGUCCUCGAAGGAGCGUCGCCCUGCGCCACCCCUGCCCCGUGCGUGGAACUCUGCAGAAGGUCUGUGUGUGGAGGGAAUCCUGAAUUGGACCCAAGCAGCAGGGGUAGAAUUAGUUUGACUUUUAGAGAAAAUCUUAGAGGAGUUUCUUUUGAAUCAUAGUAGAGUUCAUUUUCAAUUCCUUUCCAGUGUACCAACUAGCUUUAGUAGUGCUGCUGCUACAACAAACUCUUAUAAGAGUGAAGAAAAAAAAAGUGUUUUCUUUUUAAAAAAAAUAAUUUUUUUUCUUGCUUAUAGUUAAUUCUAGAAAGGCAAUACUAAAGGUAUAUAUUUUUUUCAAAAUGCUAUUUUUUACUGCACUGGUAAACAUCAUGACAUCUCUGGUCUCUGUAGUUGAUCCACUCUUCAGCUCUGGGUAGAACCAGAUGCGGGAUUCACACCAAAUUUGUAAAUACCGUGUGUGGGUCUGGUGUCCAGGAACUGUUUUCUUUGUGUUUAAAAAUUUCUCUAAAAAUAAAAAAAAAAAAAAAAAGAAGGAGAAAGACAAGAUGACUUUUAGAAAGAGGGACAAAGUUUUCUUUCGAGAUAGUCAUCUCAAAGAAGUGGAAAGCAACAGUUGUGUAAACUGAGAAAAACUAGCCAACCUUCAGGAUAUAAGGAAGGAGAGUCUCUUGCCAAGGUAUGAGAUUAAUUAGUAUCGCAGAAGAUUUUGACUUCGGUUGAAAGGUGGCAAGAAUUUAGGAAUGCUUUAGGACUAGAUUUUUAAUUUUUUAGAAAACUAUUACCAUUUGUUAUGAAACAUCUCCUCGGUUGUUUGGGGUGGGGUUUUCGUUUCUUUUUUACUUUAAAAAGACUUUAUUGACUGGCUCCAGGCAUGUUUGCCUAAAUUCUUAGGUAGUUUACACAAGUUCUAGAAUCUUCUAGAACUUUAAUUCCAUUGCAAGCAAACCCAACUAAUCAGAAUUUGAGAUCCUGGUUGGUUUCAAUAGGUAUUCUGGAAUUCUGACAGAACACCUGAAGAUUUUUUUUUUUAGAAGGUUUUAGAUACAUUAUCUUACACAAACUGUGACCUGAUGGCAAUAAUUACCUCAAAUGUGGGCAUUCAUCCUGGUUUUAGCCUUUUUUGAAAUCAUGUAGCCAGCUUGAUCUUGGGAGUUAAAAGACUAUGAAUUCUGUGUGGGCUGAAAAUAGCAAUUAGUGCACACCCUGGUCCUUGUUACUUAAGUGAACUCUGAAAACAGGUAAUCUUUACAACAAAAAUUAAACCAAGGAUGAGAUUAUUCUUUGUAUUUUGUAAUCAAAUGUGAUUUUCAAAUGCACAUGUUAAUUAUAUAUGUUUUUAGCUACUGUAAAAUGCUGUUAGCCUUCUAAGAUAUGACUUCAAGAGAGUCACAUUUUAAAAUGCAUAAACUAAAAUAAUUGACUGUGGAUACUUAAGCAUAUUUCUGGCUACAUUUUAUAGUUAAAGUGUUUUAUAGUUUACAUUUAAACUGGUACUUUUUAAAGAAAGUUUCUGUUUAUAACUGACAUCUUCAGACCCCAGCAAUUUUGCCCCUUUAGUUGGAGGUCACGUUCCCCCAAGGCAGGUGUAUUCUACCCACACUGUUGUGUAGCCCUCCAUAUUACUGGUUUCCAUGGGAACGCAAGAGCAUGUGAAAGGAUUUCCAGGUCAAGUGGGAAGAGGGUGAGUCCACAGCCUGGGCCAGAUGCGAAGAUCUCGUGCCAUGUUGUAUCCACACUGGUUGUCAAGGCCUUCUCUUUGACAUCUGGGAAGAGGCAGAGAGAACAGAUACCUGGUUCAUUGAUUUUGUCUUGAUUUGAAUGUUUAAUUUAUUAAUCGGUCCACUGAAUUCCAGUCGCCAGGCAGUAGAAGACACUGGGAUUCAGGUGGCCCCGAAGGUACAGCUGCUAUUUCUGGGCCCCCAGCGAUAUUCUGAUUGGUGUUUUGCAGGGGAGAGUCAUACACCCCGUGCCCAUAUUUAUUGGUUGGAUUUUCCGUAUAUCUGCUGUCAUUUAUUCCUUUUCUCCUUUAAAACAAAGACAGUGUAAAAGGAUGUGUUUACUUUUUUACUCUUUGUCAAACUUCGUUUUGAACCCUAGGUCAUGAGGAGGUGGGAUCUAGAUUUUUUUCUAGAGAUUGUACGUGCUGCUGAGCGGGAGGAGGGGCUGGGGACUGAGGGGCAGCCGGGGGCAGAGGUUGGGGGGACACAGUGAGAUGUGUCCAAGUAGAGGUCAUAAUUGAGAGUGCCCAUCAUCAUGCAGGAGCAGCCUGGAAGGUGCCAGUUUCCCUAAGAGUUUUGGUUCAUUUCUUCUUUUCUUUCGUGCCACAACCUUAGCACAGAGAAGCUGCUGUGAUCUGAAGGGCAUUCCUUUAGCAGAUAACACCUUGAAAACUGCAAAACACGUGGGACCAGGGAACUGGUGGUGGUUUGAAUUGCAUUUGCUUUUUCCCUGUGAACUCUGUCGACAGUAUGUUCUUAUCAUAGUUUUUGGUUAGAAAUGUCAUUGUAAAAUAUUUUUCAUCUUACCCCUCCUAAUUAUACCCCUGCUUUCCUCUGUUUGGUUUUUUUCCCUUUGCGUUAAUUAACCAAAUGAAUUUUAUGUCAUUGUCUUUGGGGCUUCAUCAUAUUUUUGAAAAAUAGAGGUAUAGAAAUUGUCUUUUUUUUUUUAAAGUAAAUAUGCUGUAUCUGAAAAGGGCUCUGCCUUUGCUCUCUAGUUUCCCUUCAGCCAGCCUCCACACGAGCCUCCUGAUGCCCCCUCCCCCUUCUUGUGUUGGGUCACUGUCCCCUUGGCCACCUUGGCCUCCACCCUGCUGUCACCACAGCCCCAGCCCAGGCACCCAGGACUCCCAGGAAGCUCUCAAGAGCCAGGAAGAAGGACCCACUUAGCCUCAUGAGCGGUGGUCUUGCCUCCCUGUUAAGAUGUUCGCCUGCUUGGUUGAAGGGGCAAUGGAUUUAUUAUUACUGUUGUUGUUGUUGUUGUUUUGAUAGUUUGGCUCAGGUUAUAAGGAAGAACUUGGGAAAUGGAAAGAGACUUGACCAUGCCCAUCUUUCGUAGCUUUCUGGGACUUCUGAAUGGAACCUAAAGCGUCCGCCACCCCAUCCCCCCUCCUCCCUUCCUGCAGAUACUCUUGUUGGCCGCGUCCACGGCGCAUGGUUUCUCCCCACCGUCUCACUCUCCCCGUCACUUUUCACCCUUUCACUGUUGUGUUACUGCUCAUUUAAAGCUUUCUUCCGUGGCUUUUCCAGGGCACAAUCAUUUCUGGCCCCCAAAGCAUCUCCUCAUCCUCUUUGUGUGCAUUUCUUUAACCAAAUGAAGUAGACCAGGACGUCAUAUUUUGGGGCAGCAGAAUUUCUAGUCUAGUAGAAUCACUGUAUAGAUAUAGAUGUUGAUAUAUAUGUUUGUGUAUAUAUAUAUCAAACCAAAUUUCUGAUAGGAAAAGUAUAGCUUUACGGAUGAGGAGGGAGAGGAGCUUUUGGAAGUCAGAGUCAGCAUUGGUUGGUGUAUCGGAGGAGCCGGGGAGAGCCCAGGCUGCACCUUCGCACGCGGGCCUGAGCAGGGUGCCGGGCCCCGGGCACCACCCUGCCACAGUGGAGGCAGGUGGCCCUGAAGGGUGCCGCUGCUCUCUCUGGGUCCCCAGAGACAAGGGCAUAGAUGAGUGAGGGGGGACAACACAUCAGAAUGACUGGAAUUUUCCAUCCCGUUUUGCUUUGACCACAUGUAUUGAGCUGCAGCCUCUGAUAUUAUAUCACGUUUCCAAAAAUGGUAUCCAUUAGGAUGGAAAGAGAAUGGAUCUGUAGAAAUGUUUACCUUUCAACUGCCCACAAAUUCAGGACACUCUGGAUAGAAAGACUCACUCCCCAGAACGAGAGCAGGGAAGAGGAGACCUGGUGAGGCUCGGUCACUGGUCCAAGGAACGUGGCCCUCCCCAGGGCCGUCUCACCCAGAUCUUUCUCUGCCAGGUCAUCUCAGCUCAAUGACCCUAUGGAAGCCCUGGUCUGUUGUGUUCCUUCACUGUACGGUUUCUGUAAUAAAAAGUGUUAAUCCAUGUUAAUCUUUGUGAAAAUUAUUGCGUGCAACAGUAUUUUCUCGUGUACCUCUUUUUCCUAUGUGAAUUGUCCCUCUUUUCUUUUUUAUUUAUAAAUGUCUACUUUUUUUAAAGACAAACCAAUGUGUUGUAGGCCUAUAUGUAACCUAUUCCUUAGUCUCAUAUUAUAGGUAUGUUAUAAGAAUGGAUAUUUUACUUGGCUUUAGAAUGUUUUACAAGAAAAAUAAUUCUUAACUGAUCAAGUCCUUGCUACUAAAAUGCUUGUGUUUUCAUCAUGACGUCGUGUGCUUCUACAUUAAUGAUCAUUUUCGUUGUAGAAAAAUGGAGUGAAUUUAUAUUAGUCUUGGAAACUAAUAAUAGCAUUGUAAAUUUAUGAGAUGAUUUUAACAGAAAAAAAUAUAGAAGAAUAUAGUUAUUUUAAUUGUAAUAUUACUAACUGUAGGGUGAGAAAGGGGGGUCCCGUUGUGGUGAACUAUGUUAUAGCUUGUUACUCACAGUUUCUUUUUGAUCAUUUUUUCGGUCUCUGAGGUGAAACGAGUUAUUAAUUAAAAUUUGUAAACUCACAUAUGCAUAUUGUAUAUGUGUAGAAAUGUAAUCACACUUUGUCUUGGAAUUACAUUAAACUGUUUGGAAUCACUGUA